GCAAAACACUCAACCGCAACAGGGAACGAGUCUCCUCCUCCUUGCACUUACAGUCGAGACUUCUUCUCUUCUUCCUUUUUCCUCUUCGCCGGAUUCUUCAGCACCGGCGACAAUACCGCCAACGCUGAUUACUCCCAAUUACCGCCCCCGGGCGCCAAAUUUAUUUAUUCCUUUUUAGUUUUCAUACAGCAUUCUCAGCUGGUAACUUCGUCACUAUUACUGCAAUUGACUUUUGAUUUACGGCGUCGUAUCAUUAUGCUGGUGAAAGGCUCUACAAAAUAUACGAUUGCCACUCCGAUUUUCUUUUGAAGCGAAAUAAUUGGACAAUUUGCUCUUCUGUGUCCGCCAUUCACUUCGAUCCAAGGUCCUGAGCACUUGAUCCUGCCGCAGUAUUCAUUCUUUUCUUUUAUUUUCCAGAAUGGCGAAAGCUAGAGAUAGAACUGAAGAUUUCAGGGAUGCUGUCCGUCGUUCGGCUGUUUCAUUGGGUUUCACUGAGGCCAAAACAGCAGCUAUUUUGUCAUCUUUUAUUAUGCACAAACCUUGGGAAAGGACUUCAUUUAUGAAAGCUGCAUUGAAAACGCUUGGAAGCAUUGAAGCACUGGAACACUUCUUAAUGAAGCAUAAGAAGGAUUAUUUAGAUCAGCACCGCACCACUGAACAAGAGAGAGAUAGCAUUGAACAUGAAGUUACUGUUUUCAUUAAAGCAUGCAAAGAGCAAAUAGAUGUUCUUAAGAAUAGUAUAAAUGAUGAAGAAACAAAUUCAAGGGGCUGGCUUGGUAUCAAGGGUGACAAUUUGAACGCUGACACAAUCGCACACAAACAUGGAGUGGUUUUGAUUCUAAGUGAAAAGCUUCAUUCAGUUACAUCACAUUUUGACAAGCUGAGAGCUGUACGCUUCCAAGAUGCUAUUAAUCGAGUAACCCCAAGAAGAAAGCGGAGGCAAGCUGGCACAGAAGAAGUAAAAGAAGUUGCCAGAUCAAGUAAUGUUGGACCCAGAGAGACAUAUGACAAAGAGGUCAGGGAGUCUGAAGAAGCUCAACCAGGUCCUAUUAGGGUUCAAGAGCAACUUUUGGAUGAUGAAACACGUGCCCUCCAGGUUGAGUUGUCCAGCCUUCUGGAUGCGGCACAAGAAACUGAGAAAAAAAUGGUUGAAAUGUCUGCCUUGAAUCACCUGAUGUCUACUCAUGUCUUGCAACAAGCUCAACAAAUAGAGCUUUUGUAUGAGCAGGCAGUAGAAGCUACAAAAAAUGUUGAGCUGGGUAACAAGGAGCUCUCUCAAGCCAUUCAGCGGAAUAGCAGUAGUAGAACAUUUCUCUUGCUUUUUCUAUUUGUACUUACUUUCUCCAUCCUUUUUCUGGAUUGGUAUAAUUAAUUUGGGACAUCUUCUACCAUUCGUCCAUAGUGUAUUAUUGGGUUUCCUGAGAUGUUGAGGUGGCUUUCAUACAUGCCUUGGCUCUCAUUAUUUCUUCAUUAUGCUUUUGCAUCAGGCCUUUCAAUACUUGUGCGCGCCAAAUGAAUUUGUUUACUGGUGUCUUACUU